AAUAUAGAUCAGAAUAUGGGUUCAUUCCCUAAGGAAAUUGCUAUUUAUACCCUCUUGAAACACAUUAUCUACAUCAAGACUUCAAAGUUCAAAACAAGAACAGAGAGAAAAAUGAAGAGUUUUUCCUCAAAAACAUCUACUAUCCUACUAGUAUGUCUCUUAUUUAGAGCUUGUCUGGAUGUUGAGGGUCAGGGUUGUAGCCCAAGUGGGAAAAUAAUGGGAAAGAAACCACCUCCAGGCCAAUGCAACAAAGAGAAUGACUCGGAUUGUUGUGUCCAAGGCAAAAUGUACACAACAUACAAGUGUUCUCCAGCAAUUUCUAGUCAAACCAAGGCAACACUCACUAUUAAUAGCUUUGAGAAAGAUGGAGAUGGUGGUGGUCCAAGUGAAUGUGAUGGCAAAUAUCACUCCGAUGACUUGCCAGUUGUGGCAUUAUCAACUGGAUGGUACAAAGGAGGUAGUCGGUGCCACAACAACAUUACCAUUAGCGCUAACGGACGAAGUGUGGUGGCCAUGGUAGUCGACGAGUGCGACUCAACUAUGGGAUGUGAUCAAGACCAUGAUUACCAACCUCCGUGUCCUAACAACAUCGUUGAUGCUUCGAAAGCUGUGUGGAAAGCCUUGGGUAUCCCUCAAGAUAACUGGGGUGACUUGGAUAUAACUUGGUCCGAUGCUUAAUUUCAAAUUGUGAUAUGAGUAUUUAUAUGUAAUAUUAUCCUCUUUGUAUUAGUAGUUGUCUGUGUGAUUUGUUUUCCUAAUACUAUGAAUGAAGUCUAAGAGUUGUGUUUUGUA